AACCCCUCCCUCCUCCACUCACUUCUUUCUCCUCUCCACAUGAAAUCCUGCAAUAUGCUCCUGAACGAUCGGAGACGCAUCGUCUCUGGGGCGCGCGCAAACCGGUUUCCUCCACAGCCUCAGUUUUUCUAAAUGUAUUUGGGACCGCAGGGGAGCGGAGCGGCUUCUGUGGAUGCUGCAGCGUCCAGCCGAAAGGAAACCGAUCCUGCAUCAGCUCGAUCCCGCUUCACUUCCAUGUGUCUGUCUGUCUGUCCUCCGCAUCUUUUAUUUCCAGCAUGAUUUUAACACACUGUCAGUCACAGUCGGGAUUUUUGCUGCCGCCUGAAGCCUCUUCCCCCUCGUGCUGCGGGAUCGACGCUGUAAACCUACACCAAGAGGAUACGGAUGUUGACCAAGACAACAAGUCUAUUAAUAUUUCAGAGACACUGUAAAGCGAUAUAAGUGUUAAAGCCAAGUUGCGGUGCGUCCGGGACCGGGGCGCGCGGAGAAGACGUUUCCUCCAUCUGCACCUCAGCGCAGGUGGCAGAUGAAACUUUGCUGAGAGGAAGAUGUUCAGCUCAGAGAUGAUGGUGAUGGUGGUGAUGAUGAUGAUGAUGAUGAUGAUGGACAGGGAGGCACUGCACAGCUUCUGGCCUCACUAGGAGCCUCCUCACUCCAACCUGCCCAGCCUGCCUCACGCCGCCUCCUCUUCCUGCCUUUUACCUGCCAGGAAGAAUGACUGUGGUGUCUACAGACAACAUGGAUGAGACCUCCACCCUGCCGGGUCACCCGCAGGACCCCUACCCGCCCGAUGACGACCACGACGACCAUGACUGCUGCGAGCGGGUGGUUAUCAACAUCUCGGGGCUGCGCUUCGAGACGCAGCUCAAGACCCUCGCCCAAUUCCCAGAAACUCUUCUUGGAAACCCAAAGAAAAGGAUGCGCUACUUUGACCCCUUACGAAACGAGUACUUCUUUGACCGGAACCGUCCAAGUUUUGAUGCCAUCUUAUAUUAUUACCAAUCUGGGGGGAGGCUGAGGAGACCGGUCAACGUGCCCCUGGAUAUGUUCUCAGAGGAGAUAAAGUUCUAUGAACUUGGUGCAGAGGCUAUGGAGAAGUUUCGUGAGGAUGAGGGGUUUAUUCGCGAGGAGGAGCGACCUUUACCAGAGAAGGAGUUCCAGCGUCAGAUCUGGCUCCUCUUCGAGCAUCCGGAGAGCUCUGGACCUGCCCGGGGGAUCGCCAUCGUCUCAGUGAUGGUGAUUCUAAUUUCAAUAGUCAUAUUUUGUUUGGAGACUCUACCAGAGCUGAAGGAGAAUCCCAACGACCGGGUGCCGAUACCGGGGAACAGCUCCAUGUAUUACUACCCAAACGUACCCAAACUCUUCACAGACCCUUUCUUCGUGGUGGAGACGCUCUGUAUCAUCUGGUUUUCCUUUGAGUUGAUAGUUCGUUUCUUCGCGUGUCCCAGCAAAGCAGCAUUCUUUAAGAACAUGAUGAAUUCUAUUGAUAUUGUGGCUAUAAUCCCGUACUUCAUCACACUUGGCACGGAGCUAGCUGAUGACCAAGGCAACAGGGAGGGCAAGGGAGGCGGGGAGCAGGCCACGUCUCUGGCCAUUCUCAGGGUAAUCCGUCUGGUGAGGGUGUUCAGGAUCUUUAAGCUGUCCAGACACUCCAAGGGACUCCAGAUUCUGGGACAAACUCUAAAGGCGAGCAUGCGGGAGCUGGGCCUGCUCAUCUUCUUCCUCUUUAUUGGCGUGAUUUUGUUUUCCAGUGCCGUCUACUUUGCCGAGGCUGAGGAGAAGGAGUCGUUCUUCACCAGCAUCCCGGACGCCUUCUGGUGGGCCGUCGUGUCGAUGACGACCGUGGGCUACGGGGACAUGUACCCCGUGACCAUCGGAGGGAAGAUCGUGGGCUCGCUGUGCGCCAUUGCUGGAGUGUUGACCAUCGCUCUGCCAGUGCCAGUUAUCGUGUCUAACUUCAAUUACUUCUAUCACCGGGAGACGGAGGGCGAAGAGCAGGCCCAGCUGCUCAAUGUCAGCAACCAGAACCUGGCGUCUGAGACCAACUCCAGCCGCCGCAGCUCCUCAGUGGUCAGCAAGUCGGAGUACAUGGAGAUAGACGAGGACAUGAACAACAGCAUUGACAACUUUAGGGAAGCCAACCUUAGGACUGCUAACUGCACGGCUCCCAGCCAGAACUGUGUGAACAAGGGGAAGCUGCUCACCGACGUGUGAGGCCGCGACCAACGCACCGCUGUACAUAUUGUAGAAAUGUCUGGAUGCUUUAUCUCCAUCGGUGGUUUUUAUCCUCUUUUUGCAUCAGUUGAUCCAAAUAAGUGUGAAGAAACUUCAAACACACAGUAAAUUUUGUAUAGGCUCAGUUACUUCAUUAACCCAUAGGAGCACAGACACAUUUCUACUUAAAGGAAAAGUUUGUGGGAUAUGAACCAAACAAAAUGAACCAUGUACAAACAUGUUUGAGGGUUCUAAUGGGUUAAACACAUCUGCAAUAGAUCAGCAGGUGCCAAGGGAACCUGCUAAAACUCACUUGUUUUUAUCGGUUAAUUGAGUUAAUUUCUAAACUAAAUUAUAAUGAGCAAAGAUUGGAUAAAUAAACACGGAAGAAAUAAUUCAACCUUAAGGAUCAGAACCAAACCUGAUUUAAGACCAAGUUGGAUUUACGCACAAUUUACCACGUUCUGAACCUGAACCUGACACCUGCCAGACCUUGUGUAGACUCAACUCAUAAGACAAAAGCCCCACUGAGAUUUCAAGACUGUGAACAAACACAUAUAGUGGAUUAUAGCUGACGUUCAGAGGCUUUUUCCUGCGGCGCAAACAGGGAAAUUGAGGAAAACUUCAUGUCAGAUGCUGAUCAAUGUUUUUCAAGGCACCUUAUCAAGCAAACAGGAAGUCUGCCGAGCCUCGUGGGGGAUUUUCUGCACCGUUGCUGCUACAGUCGGGCGGGAGGCUCCCUGUAUGAUGCCAUGCAACACUCCUUUAUACAAACGCAUGUGGAGACUCUCUUCUCUUAUAUCAGCAUGCACAAGACGUUACCUCAUUUGGAUUUUUACAUUUUUCUGUGGUCCCCAUCUUGUCCUCUUGGAAAAUAUCUUCCUAUUUGAUUUCACCAAAAGUGCACUGGCGAUUUAUUAUGAUUUCAGUUCAAAGCAUUUAAGUGUUGAAUGUUAAGCAUCAAGGGAACAGGACGACCUUCUCCAAAACCAUGGCAUGUCAAAAUACUAAAGCAUUACGGCCUAAUGAGCUACGGCAUAGCUACGUAUAUUAAUGCAUGAUGUCAGUAUUAAAUUGCUUGCAGCUGUGGAGGGACCUCGGGAGCUUAAGGACGAUCUUUCUCUUAAUUUUGUUAAGGACAAGAUAUGGUGCAUGAUGGAUCAAACUGCUGGAGGAGAGGAAUCUGACGGAAAAAACAAAACCAAGGAAAAACUUCUGAAGAGAAACACCCUUUGAAAAUAUGACAUUUAAGAUGUUACAUUGUCCUUUUUCUUUCUUUAAGCUUUGAUGAUGGAGUGCAUGGGAGCAUUGUACGUUAUUGGUGAACCAACAUCUUUUGCAUUUGACUUUAAAUAGUUUCAGGAAGGAAAGCAGAAAUAUUUAACAAAUUUCAUAAUUAGUUUCUAGUGCCUUGGACCCCAUCACAUGAGAGAAUUGACUAAAGUGCCUCCCGAUAAAACAGACGACAAAGAGCUGACUAUGUGCAAUUUAUCUUCUCCUGCCAUAAAACUCACUUCUCUCUGCAUAUCUGGAAAAGAAGAGGGUCAUAGACUGAUGUGUUCAGAAAACGAUAUGAAUCUAUUCCUUACUCUGGGCCUAUGAACUGGCAGCCUACUGGAUGAUGACACAUGGCUGCAGUGCAGUUACCUGCUGCUGCAACCACUAAAUUCGCUUUCAGAGCGACUCCACUCUGCUUCAUCACACAUCCACCGAGUUUAGAGCUUCAAGGGAAAAUGUAAGAAAAACCACCUUUACUGAAAUAUCAACAAAUAUUCCACAAAACUUAGCACCACUUAUUAAAAAUCAUUAGAAAGAGCUGCUUCAUAAAGCUCUGGUAUAUUUUACUGAGAAACCAAUUUUUAUAUCAUGCAUAUAGUAUUGAGUCGUGAGUGUUUCCUACAGAUGUACAGUGAACUGAGCAGCUGAGGCCACGUUUUCUUAACAUACUCUCAUCUGAUAAGCUGAAUAUUCCUAUUGUCAACUCAGAUACCACCUGAAUUAACAAACACAUGGCUCAUGAAUAGAGCAGCUCGCCAGAACCCAGAUAGUGUACGACUUAGGUGCAGACUGCACUGGGUUGGUUUAGACACAUUUACACUGUGAUGUAACACUGCCGUCGUCUGACACCCAGGACCAAAACCACAAUCUUAACAAGGGAAAAGAAUCAGCCUCACACCUACGAAGCAGAAUCGCGAGCCUUUCUUUGUCCGUCCUCAGUGUGAGCAGCCUUUGUUGAGUGUUCCCUGCUCUUAGGAGUGAUCGGUGAUCGUUGUGAGCGCGGGAUAAUAAUGGAUGGGACCACAGCGGUGGCAGUCAGGGUUCCCUCUGCAUGGGAACGUUACCACAGGCAUUAGUCACUGAACGCCUGCAAAAUGGCGCCACUGCUGCUGUUUUGUUUUGCAGAGGGAGCACGUGGCUGAGAGGCAGCGCUGUGUUCAAGUGUUGGAGAGGACGCGAGCAACAAAGCCUCAGUACGAGCCAUCGGCCUCCACUCCGCAUUCAUGCGUCUGUUGUUCAGCUGAACAUGAGAUGGUUUCACAGAAUGACCUUCAGGGUCAGCUGACCUCAUUCAUGGAUGCCUCGUCCUGUGGCUCUUGAAAUGGAGACGCUUAGUGUUUUCUCUUUAAUUCUAUUUAACCAAAGACACGUUGAGCGUUGGGACAGUCUUGAUGGGAGCAGGUCUGCCACAAAAAGUCCUGUCACAUAGUUUAGGAGCAGGGUGUGCUGUUGUUUGGCCUUUUUACCAUCACAGCAAGCUGACGAUCAGAAACUAAGGCUUCAGAUCAGUGUGGAGAAAUGAAAGUCAGCGCAAAGGUUAAUGAGGAGCCACUGUGUUGUGUUGAGCAGCUGUGUUUGCUUGGUUGAGCUUCAGCAUCAGCAGGAUUUACUCAUAUACAUGAGUGUGUCCUUGUUGGAGAACAGAUGCUAAAUCUUAGAAAAGGACUGAGUCUGGAACAGCAGAGCCUCGUCUGAGUCAGUGGUUGCUGUUACAUAACAGUCUGCAGCAAACAACAGAAGUCAAAAGUCCAGUUACACCAAGCUUUUCCUCUCCAACGUCUCCUCUUCACGUUGGAGAGUUGCUCGGUGCACCCGGUCCUAGAGCGGCCACUGAUCCACCAAGAAAAUUCAGAUUGUUUGCACGUUCCCAAAUGUGUUUUUCUGUUUAUGAUUCUUAUUUACGGAAAUGUUCGUUUGAGAGCGUGACUCAGCGUGCUGCAUAGUGUUUUUACAUUAUUUGUGCACAUAUAGUAAAUGAUGUAGAACACGGUUUAAACUAUAAAAUCCGGUCAUAAAAGCAUCGGCUGUGUUUCAUGGUACCUGCACGUCUCUGAGGGCUGCGUGUGGAGCAGCUGUGUGUCAGCAUCCAGUGAAGGCCCCUUUCACAAACUGCUGCAAAGACAAAAACAAUCCCUUUAAUUAUCCCUUCAGUCUGACAAAAAAUGAAAAAUGCUACGAAAGGUGCUAUGAGUCAAACAUGCAGUAGAUCCUGGAGAGCAAAAUUACAAAGAAUAAAAUCCCCAAAUCAGUUCUGUCCUUUCUCAACAGCUGUAGGAGCGAGGGAGCAUGAGCAGCUUCAGGGCUGUUGUGGUGGACUGGCUUUCUGUCUGAUUGUGUGUUCUGUGUAGAGUCACACCACUGAAGGGACCAAAUGUUUUCUAGUUUCAUGUCACCAGAGCAGCUGAACAGAUAAACAACAUACAGAUAAAAAAAUCAACAAAUGCAGUAAUUAUGAUUUUGUUUACAAGCUCACAACUGCCGAGCCCAAACUGGUCAACGCUAACAUACUGACGAUCAGUGGAUCUAGGAUUGACAAACCUUCACACUAUUGAACUGCCGGCGUGAGUGAUGACAGCAGAGUUCAUCGUCACAGGAGAUACUUUAGGUUUUCACUCAAAGCUACAGUAACAGACCUUUGGCCACUAGGGGCAGAAACAGAAACACUAACUCACCAACUGAUGAUAAUGGAUGAACUGCUUCUUACCUUGUUACUAACCUACAGACAUCGUCAUUUGGAAAGAAAGGCAUUCAAACGCUCCAGUUUGCCCUUUGCUUUGAAGAAAAAUGAGAAGGGAAUCAAAAAAACAACUGUUAACCAAUAAUCAGUGAUUUACAACCGUGGGUUGAGUUCAUUCAGUUUGGUGCAGUGGUUAGUUUUUGCCUCCUCCCUGCUCAGUGUGAGAGAGGGCAGCGCCACAAAGACAUGUUUACUGAAUAUGUCCACAUUUGUAUAAGCUCUGCAUCAGCUGGCGUCAGUUAAAGUGAAUGAAUGUGAUGAUGAUGAUGAUGAUGAUGAUGAUGAUGACAAUGAGGGUAAAGUCUGAAAGAGGUGAAGGAGAACGGGAGGACGAAUUGAACAAAAAGCAGCAUUAUGUGCUGCAGAAUCCAAAGCUGGUUUGCUCAUCCAAACAUAAUUAUUUGUGUCCAUUCUGUAUUUUCUUUAUUUUAUAAUGCUAAGUUAUCAGCUGCUGAUGCUGAUGACCUUCCAUGUGCUGGAAACACAAUAAAACAAUAAAGAUCCA